AUGGCAGACUCGGGACUUACAGGUGAAGGAACUGGAGGAGAUGUCUUCAAAGUCGAUUUAAAUACUCAAUUCGAUUCUGCCGAUAUGGCAUGGAUUGGUACUGCGUCAGUACUUGUUUGGAUUAUGAUACCUGGUGUUGGCUUACUAUAUUCAGGUUUAUCGAGAAAAAAACAUGCUCUUUCAUUAAUGUGGGCUGCAUUGAUGGCAGCUUGUGUCACUGCUUUCCAAUGGUUUUUUUGGGGAUACUCAUUAGUCUUUGCUCACAAUGGAUCCGAAUUUUUGGGAACAUUGCAAAAUUUUUGCUUAAGAAAUGUCUUGGGUGCGCCAGGUGUUGUUACCACUGUGCCUGAUAUUUUGUUUUGUUUAUAUCAAGGUAUGUUUGCUGCUGUUACUGCGAUUUUGAUGGUGGGUGCUGGUUGUGAAAGAGCUAGGUUGGGACCGAUGAUGGUGUUUUUGUUUAUUUGGUUAACUGUGGUUUAUGCACCUAUUGCGUACUGGACAUGGGGUGGUAAUGGAUGGUUAUUCAAUUUGGGUGCCUUGGAUUUUGCUGGUGGUGGGCCAGUUCAUGAAAAUUCUGGGUUCGCUGCAUUGGCUUAUUCGCUUUGGUUGGGUAAGAGGCAUGAUCCAUUGACUCAAGGAAAAGUUCCCAAAUAUAAACCACAUUCGGUUUCUUCAAUUGUGUUGGGAACUGUUUUCCUUUGGUUUGGAUGGUUUGGUUUUAAUGGUGGCUCUACUGGUAAUGCCAAGAUGAGAUCAUGGUAUGCCUGUGUUAAUACAAACAUUGCUGCUGCUUGUGGUGGCUUGACUUGGAUGUUUGUUGAUUAUUUCAGAACUGGUGGUAAAUGGUCGACUGUUGGAUUGUGUACCGGUGCUAUUGCUGGUUUGGUUGGUAUUACCCCUGCUGCUGGUUACGUACCAGUUUACACAUCAAUCAUUUUUGGUAUUGUCCCUGGUAUUAUUUGCAACUUUGCUGUUGAUUUAAAACAAUACUUGGGAAUUGAUGAUGGUAUGGAUGUUUGGGCAUUGCAUGGAGUAGGUGGCUUUGUUGGAAAUUUCAUGACUGGGUUGUUUGCUGCUGAUUACGUGGCCAUGAUUGAUGGUACUGAGAUUGAUGGCGGCUGGAUGAACCAUCAUUGGAAGCAAUUGGGAUAUCAAUUGGCAGGGUCAGUUUCAGUUGCUGCAUGGUCAUUUGUUGUUACGUCAAUCUUGUUGUUGGCGAUGGACAGAGUGCCAUUUUUAAGAAUCAGAUUACACGAAGACGAAGAGAUGUUAGGUACUGAUUUGGCUCAGAUUGGUGAAUAUGCUUACUACGAUGAUGAUCAAGAUCCAGAAAACAGUCCAUACGUAUUGGAGCCAAUUAGAUCAACCGAUGCCAUUAGAGAUAAGUUGAGGACGGCAACAACAGCUCAACAGAAUGAACCAGGUGUUCAAACUCCCGAACAAAUUGAUGGUGUUGCACAAGUGCAAGAUGAUACUGAUAAUUCACAAAGUGGUGAAUCAAAAAAGUAA